UCGCGUCCGGUGACGUCUCCCGCGGGCGUCGGCAGGGUCGGCGGCGUCGGCGGCGGUGUCGGCGGCCGCAGCGGUGGGAAAUGGCGGAGUAUUUGGCCUCCAUCUUCGGCACCGAAAAAGACAAAGUCAACUGCUCAUUUUAUUUCAAAAUUGGAGCAUGUCGUCAUGGAGACAGGUGCUCUCGGUUGCACAAUAAACCGACCUUUAGCCAGACCAUCUUGAUUCAAAACAUCUAUCGUAAUCCCCAAAACAGUGCACAGACGGCUGACGGCUCACACUGUGCCGUGAGCGACGUGGAGAUGCAGGAGCACUAUGACGAGUUCUUCGAGGAGGUCUUCACGGAGAUGGAGGAGAAGUACGGGGAAGUGGAGGAGAUGAAUGUCUGCGACAACCUGGGAGACCACCUCGUGGGGAACGUGUACGUCAAGUUUCGCCGUGAGGAGGAUGCAGAGAAGGCUGUGAUCGACCUGAAUAACCGCUGGUUUAACGGACAGCCGAUCCAUGCCGAGCUCUCUCCCGUGACUGACUUCAGGGAAGCCUGCUGCCGUCAGUACGAGAUGGGGGAGUGCACACGAGGAGGCUUCUGCAACUUCAUGCACCUGAAGCCGAUUUCCAGAGAGCUGCGGCGAGAGCUGUACGGGCGCCGUCGCAAGAAGCAUAGGUCGAGGUCCCGGUCCCGGGAGCGGCGCUCUCGGUCUAGAGACCGCGGUCGUGGCGGAGGCGGCGGUGGCGGAGGCGGCGGAGGUCGGGAGCGAGACCGGAGGCGGUCGAGAGAUCGGGAGAGAUCUGGGCGGUUCUGAGCCAUGCCGUUUUUACCGUAUGUCUGCUAGAAAGUGUUGUAGUUGAUUGACCAAACCAGUUCAUAUGGGAAUUUUUUUAAAAAACAACAAAAAAAAACACAAAGAUGGGUUUCUGAAUAAAAUUUGUAGUGAUACAGUA